UGUUUCCAUUCAGUCAGACACACCACUCUUUUAAGAGUUUUCUCUAUCCCACAGUUUCAUAGCUCUUGGGUUGUUUCUCAUGUAAAUCAUGAAAAUAUCUGUACAAAGGUAUCUGAAUCUCUGUAUUAUUUGGAUAUAUACUGUGCCUUUUAUUUACAGAUGAUGGGUAUGUAUAUGAAAAUCGACUGUUAAAUGGUGUGAAAUCUUCCAAAGGUAAGAAGCCUAAUAGGAGAAAGAUAUAUAGGAUUCUUCUGCUUUACAUAUGUAUUAUUAGUUAUUCUCUUGUGCUAAAGUUGAUAUCAAUAAUGUGGAAAACAUUUUAGGACAAAUGAAAGUCAACCUCCCAGAUGAGCAACUUCAAGAUUUGGUACAAAAUCUACCAGUUGAUGAUUCUGGGAAGACUGGUCUGAAUAAACUACUACAAGAAGUAAAUAAAUUAACAGGAGGAGAAUUUGAAGCCAAAGCCACACAAAAGGUGCUGGGAAACAUGGGGAUAGAGCUUACAAGCAGAGAAUAUGAAGAGCUGCUGAAAACCUUGCCAGUUACUGAUUAUGGGAAUGUAUAUAAAAGCAUAUUGCUCGAUCAUAUGAAAUUGUUUCCCGGUGGGAAAUGUCCAAUCUCUAAAGUGGAGGAUAUCUUAGAAGAUAUGGGUUAUGAUUUAGAGUAUGAGGAAAUUGAAGACCUGACGAACAGUCUGCAAACUGAUGGUGAAAAGGUUAACCUGACUGACAUGAUGGAAACUGUAGAGUUAUAUACUGGAAACAAGAUUAGUGUAAAUGAAAUAGAUAAUACUUUGAAACGCAUGGGGAUAGAACUCACACCGAAGGAACUCUGGGAAUUGAUCAGAAGCCUGCCAAUUACUUCUGAUGGAAAGGUGUAUUGGAAUCGAUUGCUAAGUGGUUUAAAGAGUUUUCGCAGAGGGAAGGCUUUUGAGAAUAAACUAGAAACCAUUCUGGAAAACAUGGAGUAUGGGCUUGGAAAGAAAGAAGUGGAAGAUAUGCGGAACCUUCUGAAAGUUGAUGAAGCUGGAAUGGUUACACUGAAUUCCUUGUUUAAUGUGGCCAACUUAUAUUCUGGUAUUAAGAUUAAUGCCAGUGACACACAAAAUUUCCUUGAAAAUGCUGGCAUCCAUCUAACAAACAUGGAAAGCCAGGCACUACUGGAGACGAUGCCAUUGGAUGAUAAUAAAAGGGUGUAUAAAAACAGAUUGAUGGAUGGCGUGAAGGCAUAUGGAGGAGGAGAGGUCGAUGUUGAUAGAAUAGAUGAUGCUCUAGAACAUUUGGGAUUCUUACUGGAGGAUGAAGAAGUUGAGGAAAUAUGUAAACACCUGCCAAUUGAAGAUGAAAGAAAACUUAACAUGAAGUUACUUAUGGCUGAAGUCUAUAACUUUUUAGGGGAAGAAAUUGACUAUGCUGAUGUGGAAAAUAUUCUUAAAAAUGUAGGGUUAAGACUUCACCUGAAAGACAGCCCUGUUUUGAUGAAAAGUUUGCCAAUUGAUGCUGCUGGAAAGCUGCAUAAGCAAAAAUUGCUGGAAGGCCUGAAAUUUCUCCCAAAAAGAGAGCAAUCAGAAAUAAAGAUUGAAGUUGAUAAGCUAAGAAGCUUCAUGGAAAAUAUGAGGUUUGACCUUGAUGAAUAUGAAUACGAAGACCUGAAAAGCAACCUGCCUAUUGAUGAUGAUGGGACAGUUGAAAUGGGUGUGGUACUGGAUAAAGGGGCUCUUUUUACUGGUGAGAAGAUUGACAUUGAUAACAUGGAAGAUUUUCUGGAAAACAUAGGGAUAACACUCAAAGAAGAUAAAAGCAUACAACUGCUAAGUAAUCUGCCAACUGAUGCCAAAAGAAGGGUCUAUAAGAACAGACUGAUGAAGGAACUGGAAAAUCUCGAAGGAAUAAAAGUGUCUUCAGAUAAGGUAGAAAAUUUCGUUAAAAAUACGGGAAUUGACCUCAAGGAGAAAGAAAUCAAGGCACUGAAGAGCCAUCUACCUCUUGAUGAUAAGAAGAAGACUAAUUUCAAUGUGUUGAUGGAUGAACUUAAAAAGAUUACAGGAGAGAAGAUUCAUGCUGCGGAUGUGAAAAGCGUUGUAGAAAGCAUGGGAAUAGAGAUCACAAAUAAGGAACACAAAAAGCUGCUUAAAACCCUACCAUUUUCUGCUAAUAAAAAUGUAUUUCGAAAAGAUGUAGUGGAUAGUAUGAAAUUCUUCCCAGGAGGAAAGGUUAAUGUCUCCAACAUAAAAAAUGUCCUACGAAACACUGGGUUCAAACUUGAAGCAAAAGAAAUGAAGGACCUGGUGUCUCACCUACCAAUUACUGAAGACAAAAUGGUUAACUUGUAUGAAUUGAUGGAUGUAGCAAAAUCUUUUUCAGGAGAAAAGAUUCAUAUCAGAGACAUAAAGAAUAUGCUGGAAAACUUGGGACUCAAGCUCACUAAACAGGAAGAGUGGAUGCUGUUAAAAAGUCUGCCCAUCUGUAAGGAUGGAAUGGUGUACAAGAAAAGAGUGCUGAGAGGCUUGAGGCAUUUCAAAGAGAAAAAAGUCCCUUUCAGUAACCUGGAAAAUCUGGUGAAGGACAUGGAACUUGAACUCAUGGAAGAUGACUAUGUGGACUUAAAGAGCCACCUGCCAGUAGAUGAGAAUCAAAUGGUUUACUUCAAUGAUGAGAUGGAUGAAGCAAAAAUUUUUACUGGGGAGAGAGUUGAUACUCGUCACCUGCGCCGUGUGCUGAGGAGACUGGGGCUGGUGCUUCCUGAGGAGUACAAGGAGCUGCAGAAGAUCUUGUCAGUUUACAGUAAGUAGAUAAGCAAAUCCUCU